AGGACGGCGCCAAGGACGACGAAGGGGAUCCGUUGCAGACGGAGGGGGCUGAGAACAUGGAGGCGUUAAUCGGCAAGUACGGCGGCAUGGGACUGGGACUGUCGGAGGAGGAAUUGCUGCUAGAUGACGAGGAGGAAACCGAGCAAGAACCUUUGGCAGCGCGCAAGGCAGUGGAAACCUACCCUGUCGUGGGUACUAUUUUGACAGAUAAAGCGGUAAAGUUCCAAAUCUUCCGCGAUCGGAUGGCGUCUUUGUGGUGCCCGGGUAAGGGUGUUAUGAUUCAAGAGAUCGGAGAGAAGAGGGUCUACAUUUCUUCGGAACCGGCCCUGAGCAAGGUGGAAAAGAGGUUAUGAGACCUUUUGGGCCAUGGCUACGAGCAGGUGGAGGACGUCCCCGCCUAUCCUUGGGAAGCAAAUGGCUAGUUAACGAUGGAGGGGCAGGAAGGAGUCUUAUGGGAGUGCAAAAGUAUCUAAAUGAGAAGCAGGACCAGGGCCAGAUUUCUGGACAGCUCAAGAUUCAGGAAAAAGGGGAAGGGUUGAACCCGGAGGGAGCAAGGACCGCUGGCAAUGGAGUGGGUGAGCAGAAGAGGAGGCGGACCUGGGAUGCACUGGAGCAGGAGCAAUCAGGGGAGGAGGCUAUGGUUUUGGACAGCACAAAAAACAGGGAAGGGGCGGCCUGGGUUCCUCAGACCCGCCUAAAUUAGUGAAGAUCUGGGGCUGGUGGAGUUUUGAAGUUGUUUUAAAUUUUAGACUGUUUUCUCUUUCUGUUGUUUUAUGCUGGUGUCAGCGAGUACGUUUGUUUGCUGUUAUCUUUAUUUCUGUUAAGACUCUUGAACAUAGGACAGGUGAUAGAGGGCUUGGUUUACCAGUCACUGGCUCAAGUAAGCCCAAUUUAGGAUCAGCGAAUCUGGUUGCUUCUUAUGAGGUGGCAGGUUCUAAGUCUGGUUCAAGGGCAGACGGUAGGCCUUGGGCUCUAUGUCAGUUUGUAUUCUGCUUAUGUUCUUCCUUAUUAAUAUAAGCCACAUUC